AUGUCCAUCCAAGCGGCGACCGUCGCUGUGGCAGCGGCCAUAUUCUUCCUCUAUCGCCUCCUGAACCGAACUGAUGUACCCAAAAUCAAGGGUAUCCCCGAAAUCCCUGGCUGGCCAAUCUUCGGGAGUCUGAUCGAACUGGGUGAAAACCAUGCAAGAGUAGCUCGGGAAUGGUCCAAGAAAUACGGCCCUGUGUUCCAAGUCCGCAUGGGCAACAGAAGGAUCAUCUUCGCCAACUCCUUCGACUCAGUGAAACACUUUUGGAUCAACAACCAAUCGGCCCUGAUCUCGCGCCCCACGCUCCACACUUUCCACACCGUCGUGUCGAGCUCCCAGGGAUUCACCAUCGGCACCUCUCCGUGGGAUGAGUCCUGCAAGCAGCGCCGCAAGGCCGCGGCCACGGCCCUGAACCGGCCCGCGGUGCAGAGCUACAUGCCCAUCAUCGACCUGGAGUCGUACGUCUCGAUCAAGGAGAUGCUCGAGGACAGCGCGUACGGCGAGAAGGACGUGGACCCGACGCCCUACUUCCAGCGCUUCGCCCUCAACACGUCGCUGACGCUCAACUACGGCAUGCGCAUCUCGGGCAACGUCAGCGACGAGCUGCUGCAGGAAAUCGUGCACGUCGAGCGCGAGAUCUCCAACUUCCGCAGCACCUCCAACAACUGGCAGGACUACAUCCCGCUCAUGCGCCUCUGGCCCAGCAAGACCAACCGCGGCGCCGACGAGUACCGCCGCCGCCGCGACGUCUACCUCACCCGGCUGCUGGACGAGCUCAAGGCCAACAUCGCCAACGGCACCGACAAGCCGUGCAUCACCGGCAACAUCCUCAAGGACCCGGACGCCAAGCUCAACGAGGCCGAGAUCAAGUCCAUCUGCCUCACCAUGGUCUCGGCCGGGCUCGACACCGUCCCCGGCAACCUCAUCAUGGGCAUCGCCUCGCUCACCUCGCCCGCCGGCGCCGCCAUCCAGCGGCGCGCCCACGCCGAGAUCCGCCGCGUCUACCCGGACGGCGACGCGUGGUCGCGCUGCCUCGUCGAGGAAAAGGUGCCGUACGUGACGGCGCUCGUCAAGGAGGUGCUGCGCUACUGGACCGUCAUCCCCAUCUGCCUGCCGCGCGUCAGCACCAAGCCCGUCGCCUACGCCGGCGCCACCGUCCCCGCCGGCACCACCUUUUACAUGAACGCCUACGCCGCCGACUACGACGAAUCCCACUUCGCCAACCCCUACGACUUCGACCCCGAGCGCUACCUCGGCGGCGGCAAAGGCGGCAAAGGCGGCGGCGACAUCAACAAGGCGUCCGAGGUGGCGGCGGGCACCCCGCAUUACGGCUACGGCGCCGGCAGCCGCAUGUGCGCCGGCAGCCACCUCGCCAACAGGGAGCUGUACACGGCCUUUGUGCGCCUCAUCGCCGCCUUCGAGUUCCGCGCGCCGGAGAGGGCCGAGGACCGCCCCGUCCUGGACGCGCUGGAGGCGAACGCGUUGCCGACGAGCUUGACCAUGGAGCCGAAGCGGUUCAAGGUCGGGUUCAGGGUGAGGGAUCCCGAGGCGCUGCGGAGGUGGAUACGGGAGAGUGAGGAGAGCACGAAAGAUUUGUAG